AUGUCGUUUUCAAGAAAUUCGGAGUCGAACAAAUUUAAUAUUGAAAAAGAUAAUGAGAGCAUACUUGUCGAUAAGUUUUCCACGAGUAGCGUUGAGAAUUCAGAAAAAAUUGUCGAUGUUGUAAAAGAUCCUUUUCAACAGUAUACUCCAAAAGAGCGCGAGAUCUUGUAUCGUCAGGUGAAUGAUACCAAGGCGAAAGUAGCAGGGUAUAUGCGAAUUGUUACAUGCGGUGAUAAAUGGGAUUAUUUGCUUCAGUUGGCUGGCUGUAUCACCGCUAUUGGUGCUGGACUUGGUAUGCCCUUGAUGUCCGUUGUCGCUGGUAAAUUAGCCAAAGCUUUUACCGAUCUUGCAAGCGGUCGUGGUGCUGAGACCUUCCAACACGACGUUAACCAUUUUGUACUGUAUUUUAUUUAUAUUGCCAUCGGUGUUUUUGGGUGUUCUUAUACCUUUACAGUCACAUUUAUCAUAUCUGGUGAACGGAUUUCUCGUCGCAUUCGCCAACAAUAUCUGCAUGCCGUCCUCAGUCAAAACAUCGGUUACUUUGAUCGUCUUGGUGCAGGCGAAAUAACCACGCGUAUUACUAGUGACACAGAUUACAUUCAAGAUGGUUUGGGCGAAAAGGUUGGUUUGGUGCUUUUUGCUCUUGCUACGUUUCUGUCUGGAUUCGUCAUUGCUUUCAUUCGGCAUUGGAAGUUCACCCUUAUUAUCAGUUCCAUGCUGUUGGCGAUUCUUGGUGGCAUUACUUGCGGUGUUAAAUUUAUAACACAGUUUACGAAAGCCCAGAUUGCCCAGCUAUCCAGUUCUAGUACUUUUGUUGAAGAGGUUUUAUCCAAUAUACGUAAUACAUUUGCAUUUGGUACCCAGAACUUACUAUCCGACUCUUAUACAAAGUUUUUGAACCCUGCCAAAGUCAAUGGCGUCAAGAAAUCCAUGGUUAAGGGUAUCAUGAUGGGAUGGAUGUUUUUUGUUGGUUAUGGUGCUUAUGGUCUUGCUUUCUGGGAAGGUGGCCGUCUUUUGCAUUCUGGAGAAAUAAAUGUCGACAAAAUGAUUAAUUGUUUCUUUGCUGUCCUAAUUGCGUCUUAUAGUUUGGCAAAUAUCGCUCCAAGAAUGCAAGCGUUUGUAAAUUGCUCGUCAGCUGCCAAAAAGAUUUUUGACACGAUCGACCGAGCGAGUCCAAUUGACGCCUUCUCGCCCACUGGUAAAACCAUUCAACAUCUUAAUGGAGAAAUAGAAUUGAAGAAUAUAAAGUUCGUAUACCCUACCAGACCUGAAGUUGUGGUUUUAAACAACUUUUCUUUGCUGUGCCCAGCUGGUAGAAUCACUGCACUUGUCGGUGCGAGUGGUAGUGGAAAGUCCACUAUAGUAGGUCUUGUCGAGCGAUUCUAUGAUCCUAUUGCAGGACAGGUUAUGGUGGAUGGUGAAGAUCUUCGUGAUUUAAACGUUGCUUCUUUACGCGCUCAUAUCUCUCUAGUGCAGCAAGAGCCAGUUCUGUUUGGAGCUACCGUUUUUGAUAACAUUGCUUAUGGAUUGACUGACGAUAUGCAAUCAACACUUACCGAGGAUGAACUGCGAGAGCGCGUUUACGAUGCUGCCAAGACCGCAAAUGCUUAUGAUUUUAUAAUGACUUUGACCGAACAAUUUGAUACCAAUGUAGGCCAGCGCGGCUUUUUAAUGUCGGGUGGACAAAAGCAAAGAAUUGCAAUUGCCAGAGCUAUUAUUAGUGAUCCUAAAAUUUUACUUUUGGAUGAAGCGACAAGUGCUUUAGAUUCAAAAAGCGAAGUUAUUGUUCAAAAGGCUCUAGACAAUGCUUCUAGAUCUCGCACAACAAUUGUCAUUGCUCAUCGUUUAUCAACAAUCCGCAAUGCCGAUAACAUCGUAGUAGUCAAUAAUGGAAAGAUUGUUGAACAGGGAAAGCACUCUGAUUUAUUGGUUUUUAAUGGAGCUUAUGCCAAAUUAGUUGAAGUGCAGCAACUCGCUGAAACGAAUAACGAUGAUGCUGUCAUUGAACCGGGAGAAGAGGAAGUUGACGAAAUUGUUCAUACGACUACACAAGGUGAAGAUGAUAGCUCUUCGACUCGCAAUUCAUUUUAUGAAAAAGAAAAAGACGCAAUCUCGCUUCGCGAUACUCCACUUGGUCACUUGCCAUUCGAUCCCGUUCCGGAUUUGCCAAAUAAAACUAUGGACGCCCUGGAUGACGAAACUCCGAGUGUAGAACUUGACUCUUCUUCGCAGCUUGAGAGUAACGCAACUGACAUCAGCUCCUGGAGAGCAAUGGUUUUUAUUCAUUCUUUUGUUGAAGGUACUUUAGAAUUUUUGUACCUUAUGAUCGGUAUCUUAGCAUCCAUGGUUUGUGGUGCCGCGUACCCCGUACAAGCAGUGGUGUAUGCCAGGUUUUUGAAUAUCUUUACAGAUUUGAACUCGCCGAAUUACUUUCAUAAAAUUAAUGUAUUUGGAGUUUACUGGUUGAUUCUUGCUAUUGCAGAAUUAUUCGGUUAUUCUUUAAGUCAAUAUUCUUUGUCUUAUGUGCUGGAGUGUCUUCAACAACGUAUUCGCUGGCAUCUCUUCCGUACCCUCCUUCGUCAGGAUAUCGAAUUCUUUGACCGUGCUGAGAAUACAGUAGGUGCUUUGACUACUUCACUUUCAACCUCCAUUCAGAACCUAGAGGGCCUGUCAGGAUUUUAUCUUGGAACAUUUGUGCAAAUUUUUACAAAUAUAAUUUCUGUUUCAAUUCUUUCACUGGCCACUGGAUGGAAGCUGGCUUUGGUUACAUUAGCUACUUCCCCUGUCAUGAUUAUGGCUGGUUAUUAUCGGGUUGCUGCAUUGAAUCGUAUUCAGAGUAAGUUGUCAACUGCGUACAAAUCGUCUGCUGCAUAUGCUUGCGAAUCUACAUCAGCCAUUAGAACAGUUGCCAGUCUCACCAGAGAAUCAAACGUAUAUGAAAUUUACUGUACAUCGUUGGUUCAACCUGGUAGAGAAACAGCUGUAUCUUCCCUAAUAUCUGGUUUGUUCUUUUCUGCGUCGCAAGCAGUUACAUUUUUGGUCAAUGCGCUGGCAUUUUGGUAUGGUGCUACACUGAUGAGAAGAGGUGAAUAUAAUUUAGCCCAAUUUUAUACUUGCUUUAUAGCUAUUGUCUUCGGUAUCCAGCAAGCUGGACAAUUUUUGGGCUUUGCAGGUGACUUUACGAAAGCAAAAUCGAGCGCUGGAUCAAUUAAACAUUUGUGUGAUAGUAGACCAAAAAUUGAUACCUGGUCUGAAGAAGGACGCAAAAUUGAAUCUUUGGAAGAUUCCUCCAUUGUAUUUGAAGAUGUAACAUUCCGGUACCCUACGAGAAAGCACAUCCAGGUACUUCGUGGUCUCAACUUGACGGUUAAACCUGGUCAAUUUGUUGCUUUCGUGGGUGCUUCAGGAUGCGGUAAGUCAACAACGAUUGGCUUAAUUGAACGCUUUUAUGACUGCGAAAGUGGAUCUGUAAAAGUUGGAGGUGUCGAUAUCCGUGACUACAACAUUAAUGACUACCGCAAGCAAAUAGCUCUCGUGUCGCAAGAGCCAACCUUAUACCAGGGAAGUAUUCGAGAGAAUAUCCUUCUUGGUGCUUCAAGAAAAGUAAAGGAAGAAGAACUUAUUGGAUGCUGUAAGAUGGCUAAUAUUCAUGAUUUUAUCAUGGGUUUGCCUAACGGUUAUGAAACGCUUUCGGGACAGAAAGGGUCAUCUCUGUCUGGUGGACAGAAACAGAGAAUCGCUAUUGCUCGUGCCUUGAUUCGAAAUCCUAAAAUUUUACUGUUAGAUGAGGCAACCAGUGCUUUGGACAGUCAUAGUGAAAAGGUGGUACAAGAAGCUUUAAACAAAGCUUCAGAAGGACGUACCACUGUAGCAAUUGCUCAUCGCUUAUCAACAAUUCAGAAUGCUGACUGUAUCUUUGUAUUUGAUGGAGGCGUAAUUGCUGAAGCUGGUACACACAAUGAACUUGUGAACCAAGGCGGUCGUUAUCAUGAACUCGUGGUCGAACAAGGUCUUGGAGCAGAUGAAACAAAGUAA